AAAUGACACACGAACGCGCGCGCUUAGUAGCUCGGUCUGGGAAUGAAGACCAUAAAGAAACCAGUUCUUGUAAUGGGAAACAACCCCAAGCAAAACGAGGGCAAUUUAGUACGGAGGCACAGUCUCGAAAGUUGAAAACAUUCCUGGAGUCACACCACCUUCCCAGUUAAGUCUUCCGCAACCGUCGGUUGCGCGCCUGUAUCGGGAAUCGCAGCACCCCGGUUCUUUUCCAAGAGGACGAAGCUGCACGGAUGGGCAAGGGCGGGCCGCUGGGCCUUGUCUGGUACCCGGCUGGCCAUGCCUACUGCGGGCAGGGAGGAAGGGAAAGAAGCGCUCCAAGAUGGCACCUGCGACGCCUGCGAGCCUGACGGAGCUCAGGACGCCGCGCGGCUCUGCCAGAGUUGCGCCUUCGCCUUUUGCCAGCUUCACGCAGGACGGAGGCAGAAGUUCGGCGCCCAGCGGAUGACGGCUCUCGCCCCCAGGCAGAAGGUCGGGGACUCGGCGGAAACUCCCCAAGAAGGGGAGGCGGAAGGGGUUGGCAAGCAGGUGCAGAAGAAGUAAAAGCACGGCCAAGACCUCCGCUUGUACUGCGGAGAGCACGAGGAAAUCAUUUGUGUGCUGGCCGCGGUGACGGGCUCGCACCGGCCGCAUGAGGUCAUCAUGCCAACGACGCCUAGGAAGCCGCCGGGAACAGAGAAUGUGUGGACUUGAAGGAGGCCAUGCUGGAAAUGGUGAAAGUCCAAGUAUACAGACCCCAAAGUUGAGGCAAAACUAUGGAACACAGAACACUUUGAUGCCAGCUCCAGACAGACAGCCCUACCAAGCUCAGAAUGUUUUGAUAUCAGUUUGCCUGUUUGGGAGACUGGGCUACUGCCGGAUUCAUAGGAAUGUGCUUGUGCUGUUGUAUGGUUCAUUUCUUCUGCUUUACAUUCUUAAUGUGGUGUUAAUUUACCAACUCUUGACUGCACCUUUCUUGAUACAGAGGCCUGCCUAUACAUAAUUCUUCCUGUAGUUAACUCCUUUGCUUUCCACAAUGCUUACCUGCCGUUUUCCUGAUAUAUUUAUUUUAAGAUGUUAUACAAAGUGACAUAAUUUGCUCUCUUAUUGCUAUCUACAGAAUAAUAUUAGGUAAAGGUACCCAUUAUGCUAGCUACAAAGAAUAAAAAAAAAAUUCUUGCUCUGAGAAUCUUUUGUAUUACUUUUUGUUUCAUUUCGA